GCUGUGUAAUAAUUCCAAUGUUAACAAAAUUAUGUGUGCUUUUUAUAUUCAGGUAAAAGUAGGCAUCAGGGUCAUCAUCAUUGCCGUGGGUGACAUAGACAAUGUGAAACAGGAAUUUACAGUGGACAUAUACUUGAGAGCAAUAUGGAAAGAACCUACACUAAAAGGAAAGAAGCAGGAGGAGGUGGACUGGUCACAAGCCUGGGACCCAAGGAUAACUUUACUGAAUGAGGUUGCUGUACUGAAGAAGACAAUAAAACACUUCUUGGUUUAUGAAGAACCAGAUGACGUACCAGAGGUCAGAUUUAGUAUGCGUAUGACUGUUACUUUGAAGGAAAAUCUGGAAUUGAAUGAGUUUCCAUUUGAUCAUCAGGAUCUAACCAUUCGAUUGUCAUCAGAUUGGCCCAUCAAACAAAUAGAGUUUGAGAAAGAUAUGAGCAUUAAAGAUGCAAUAAGAACAGACCAGUUUUCAGGGCAGCAGGAAUGGAAACUAUAUCCACACCUGAUCUGUGAACCAGUCACACCUUGGAAGGAGAAAUCAGCUGCUCACAACCAAUAUCCACUGUACAACAUCACACUUCAAGUCAAAAGAAAACCAGGAUUUUAUAUGUGGAAUGUUAUUUUGGUAAUGUUUUGUAUCAUGUUGCUGACCAUUUCCUCAUUCACUGUGGAGGCGUCUGCUCCUGCCGACAGGCUUGGUGUGACUUUGACCUUACUUCUAACCUCUGUAGCCUUUAAGUUUGUGGUGUCACAGCAGCUACCAGCUGUCUCUUACCUCACGUACUUGGAUAUUUAUGUCAUCAGUUGUAUGACAAUACAGUUUCUGGUGGGGGUUCAGAAUGCAGUGGCCUCCUUGUUGAUUGAGACAACAGCCAGGCUAUUUGACCUUAUCUCAGUGUGUGUUUUGACUGGCAGCAUAGUCAUCAUUCAUUUGGUCAUGGGCAUUAUUGUAGUGACAAAAUGGUUCAAGCAAAAGAAAACCUUGGAAGCCAACACUGAGAAAUUCCAUUCUCUGUGUGAUGUUAUUGAUAUGGCUUGGAGGAGAAAAAUGGCAGAAAAGGCUGCAAUGGAAGCAUCUCAGGAACAAGGGGAAAAGACACAUGUUAGUGACAAUAGUGAAUCUGGGAGCAAGGAUGCUUCAGGAAAGUCAAUACAUAGUCCAGGAAAGUCAAAGAAGAAAAAAACAAGACACCGUAGCAAAGUUGACACUGAAUACCAGACCUUAAGGAAUAGCAAUGAAGUUGGCAUGGAAUCUUCAGACACUGCAGAAACAAAUUUAAGUGUUGCAUGAUUGAAUUCUUAUUGGUAACAAGUGCAAUAUAGACAGCAUAGUUUGGGUAUCAAGACAA